AUGGACGUUGCAUCAAUGUGCUCGGCUCUGCCUCCAACUCUCUCUCCACCGCCUUACGACCACUCCUCACACACAGACUCUCGAGGCACGCUUCCCCCAACGAAAUUAUUAUCGUUACCACCCCAAGAUUCACAUCAUACAAAAAUAAAUGAAGACAGACCGAGACUAAUCACCACUCCUUUCAACAUUCCUUUUUCAGGACAAGAGAACAGGCAAUCAACAACUCUUGUUCCUCAUCACCGUGUAGAUUUCGUUAGCAGCCAUCCUCUAUCGCCUCCUGCAUGCGCAACUAAAAAACUUGAUAUUCGACUUCCUUCGAUCAGUAUUAAUUCCGCGUCGCAUUCACAUCAACCCAAGCAUCCACAUUACAUUCCUUCUCCUUCUCCACCACCAGCUGCAAUCCCUUAUAAUGCUAACCAGCAAUCGUCGCGGGCCUCGGACUCUCAUUCUACAAAUUUUGUUCCAUUAAACAUGUCCCCGCAGACGCAUUCUGGUUGGAACAGCCCACCAUCCUCAUCCACGCUUUCUCUUCAAGCUCAUUCCCGGCAGCAGUUACAGACUCCGCCUCUGCCGACUAAACCUUCUGUAGCCUCAGCCUACCCUUGCAUUGAACCGAAAGCACCGGUCUAUCCAUCUUCUAGUAUUCUCUCAUCCAAUUGUUCGUAUAAUCAUCAUUCAUCGUCGAAUUGGACUCAUGAGAAAACAAUACUUGAACUGGAUAAGAUAAGGGAGCAAGUCGUCGCGUUUAAUCAAACUGCAGUUCAUUAUAUUGGCGAAAUAAAAACCCAAUUUCAUAGUCAGUUGUACUCUAAUCCUUGGACCAAUGGGCAAUCAGGAGGAACGACUCGACUCCCGCUCCAGCCGGAAAAUGCUGUAGACGAGUUACUAGUCAGGGCACAUGACAUUGUACAAGUUUUGAAAGCAUUGAAAACCGAAAUGAAAAGAACUAGUAGCGAGCGAGAGGACAAUGCUAAGAAUGGCUUUUGCAAGCAAGAGGCAGAUUCAAAUCCUUCAGGGCGAAAAUACCGCAAAAGGACCAAGCGUGCUGCACCUCCGGGUAGAUGUCACUCAUGCCACAUAUCUGAGACGCCCGAGUGGCGGCGAGGUCCAGACGAAGCCCAAUAUCGCGAACUUGAUGGCUUUCCAACUGCUUCACAACAUGCGGAAGUCGAUGGCCAAGCGCGUACAAAGUGCCAAAUUGAUAAUAAUAAAUCUCGUAAAGAGACUACUGUUGAUGAUCUCGAUAAGAAAACCCAUAAGUGA